AUGGUCAAGGCUGUUGUUGCUGGCGCCUCUGGUGGCAUUGGCCAGCCCCUCUCUCUCCUCCUCAAGACCUCUCCUCACAUUGACGAGCUCGCCCUGUACGAUGUCGUCAACACCCCCGGUGUCGCUACCGAUCUCUCUCACAUCUCUUCUCGCGCCAAGACCACUGGCUACCUUCCCGCCAACGAUGGCGCUAAGGCUGCCUUCAAGGACGCUGACAUUAUUGUCAUCCCCGCUGGCAUUCCCCGCAAGCCUGGAAUGACCCGUGAUGAUCUCUUCAAUAUUAAUGCUGGUAUUGUCAAGGGUCUCAUCGAGGUCGCUGCUGAGGUCGCCCCCAAGGCUUUCAUUCUUGUCAUCUCCAACCCAGUCAACUCGACUGUUCCCAUCUCUGCCGAGGUCCUCAAGGCCAAGGGUGUCUUCAACCCUCAGCGUCUCUUUGGUGUCACCACCCUCGACAUCGUCCGUGCCGAGACCUUCGUUGCUGAGAUCACUGGCAACGCUAACCCCCAGGAGCUGACCAUCCCCGUCAUUGGUGGUCACUCUGGCGAGACCAUCGUCCCCCUCUUCAGCAAGGCCUCGCCUUCAGUUCAGAUCCCCGACGACAAGUAUGAUGCUCUCGUGAACCGCAUUCAGUUCGGCGGUGACGAGGUUGUCAAGGCCAAGGAUGGUGCUGGUUCCGCCACACUGUCCAUGGCCUAUGCUGGUUUCCGAUUUGCCGAGAAGGUUCUCCGUGCCGUCAAGGGUGAGAAGGGCCUUGUUGAGCCCAGCUACGUCUACCUUCCCGGUGUCCCUGGAGGUGAGGCUAUCGCCAAGGACACUGGCUGCGACUUCUUCUCUGUUCCCAUUGAGCUUGGUCCCAACGGUGCUGAGAAGGCCACCAACCCCUUCGAGGGUAUUACCGAGAAGGAGAAGGCUCUGCUAGCCAAGGCCACCGAGGGUCUCAAGGGCAACAUCAGCAAGGGUGUCAGCUUUGUCCACAACCCUCCCCAAAAGUGA